CUCACUUGUCUCCAUCACGUUAACGGAUUAAGCGAGAGGAGCACCCAGGAUCCAUGGAGGUGACUGGGAACAUCUCCACCCCAUCCCGACCUAAACUCCCUCUUCUUCCUUCGUUUCCCCUGUUUCCCAAAAUCUUCAAAAACACUCCUUCGCACAUCACCUUUUCGACCCUUCUACCUCGGCGUCAGCUAGAAGUAUCUACAGUCCUUCGUUUGGAACUAACAACGUUCUCACCACACUCGCUAUCUUGCUUGUCUUGCCUUCAGCUACCGUCCUUUGAUCCCACUAACAACCGACCUUUUCAACUCGCCUUUAUACCUCCAAAUCAGUAAUCAUGCAUAUCAAGACUCUUACCGCGUUGGCUCUUGCCUCGCUCGUCUCCGCUCAGACCUACACUGACUGUGAUCCCACCAAGAAGACCUGCCCCAAUGACAAGGCCGUCGGCAAGGAAAUCAUCAACAUCGACUUCACCAAGGGCGAGAACAGCUUUUUCAAGAACAUGGUCGGCACCACUCUCCAGUACGACAACAAGCUCGGCGCCAUCUACACCAUCAAGAAGGAGACCGAUGCUCCUACCGUUGCCAGCUCCCGCUACAUCUUCUUCGGCCAGAUCGACGUUACCGUGAGGGCCGCCUUCGGCAAGGGUGUCGUCACCAGCUUCGUUCUUCAGUCCGACGACCUCGAUGAGAUCGAUUGGGAGUGGAUCGGCAGCGACUCAGCCCAGGUUCAGACCAACUACUUCAGCAAGGGUUGCACCGAGGUCUACAACCGCGGUGGUUUCUCUGCCGUCGCCAACCCCCAGAAUGAGUUCCACACCUACACCAUCAAGUGGACCCCUACCCAGCUCGACUGGAUCAUCGACGGCACCGUCGUCCGCACUCUCUUGGCCUCCGAGGCCUCGGGCUGCAGCGGCUUCCCCCAGACUCCCAUGCAGAUCAAGCUCGGCACCUGGGUUGCCGGUCGCAAGGACGCCGCCCAGGGCACCAUCGAGUGGGCCGGCGGUCUCACCGACUUCAGCCAGGGUCCCUUCACCGGCUACUACCAGAGCAUCAAGAUCCAGGACUUCAUGGGUGGUGACGGUACCACCGGCCCCACGGACGCCACCGAGUACCAGUACGGCGACAAGAGCGGCACCUGGCAGAGCAUCAAGGUCCUCCAAGGUACCUCUACCGAUAACGUCGACACCACCACGAAUGCUCCUUCCAAGACCGGCACUGCCGCUUCCACUGCCACCACUCUGAGCACCGUCCCUGCCUCUUCCGCCUCCUCCGCCGCCGACUCUUCCGUCAGCUCGCUCCCCAUCGACAGCACCCUCAACAACAACAACGGCACCAGCUCCACCGGUGGCAACGUCGUUACCGGCGGUGCUGGCAAGCUCGCCAUGAGCAUUGCCUCUCUCGGCGCUGCCCUCUUCGCCGGCGCCAUGCUUCUUUAAACUGCUUGUUUGAGGAAAUGACGAAAGAAAAACAAUGAUGUACAAAAGGAUAUUUGGUCACUUACAUGUCCAUCCUCGCUUCCAACCGAGCUGUCUAUAUAUCUUCUCUUUUACACCACGAUCCUUUGAAC